AAGGAGUGGUUAGAUACAUAGCUGGCAGAAGGUUGUAUAGGUCAGCCACUCUUCUUCAGCUUCAUCCAUUCCCUUACCUUUAAUUGCCGUUUGCCUCCAAAACCUUCUUUUUUCUCUCUUCCUCUCUUUAAUUUUUUAGGGUUCUUGCCUCCUCCCCUUUUUCAAAUUUUAAAUCUUUUCCUUUUUUUAAUUUCAAUCUCUUAUUUUAGGGUUCGUUCUUGCUUUCUACAUUUUUGUACUUUCAAUUCUUCAGCUUCACCUGUCCAUGACCAACAAUCGCUCUUCAAUCUAUUUCCAAUACAAAGAAUCAGAAUUAACACUGAGAGAGGCAAACCCAUUUUUCUCAUUGAAUUCAGGGUACUAAUACUUCUACUAGUAGAACUAAGCCCAGAGAUCGGCCAGUGGAAAUGAGCGCCUCCAGGUUCAUUAAGUGCGUCACUGUCGGCGACGGCGCUGUUGGCAAGACUUGCAUGCUUAUUUCCUAUACUAGCAACACCUUUCCCACGGAUUAUGUGCCAACUGUUUUCGAUAACUUCAGUGCAAAUGUGGUUGUGGAUGGGAGCACGGUCAAUUUAGGGCUAUGGGAUACUGCUGGUCAGGAAGACUAUAAUAGAUUAAGACCUUUGAGCUAUCGAGGGGCAGAUGUCUUUAUUCUUGCAUUCUCUUUAAUCAGCAAAGCUAGCUAUGAAAAUGUUGCGAAAAAGUGGAUUCCAGAACUGAGGCAUUAUGCACCUGGGGUUCCAGUAAUUCUUGUUGGAACAAAACUUGAUCUUCGAGAGGAUAAGCAGUUCUUCAUUGACCAUCCAGGUGCAGUUCCUAUCACUACUGCCCAGGGAGAGGAGCUAAGAAAACUUAUUGGCGCUCCUGCCUAUAUUGAGUGUAGCUCAAAAACACAGCAGAAUGUGAAGGCGGUUUUUGAUGCAGCAAUCAAGGUGGUUCUGCAGCCCCCAAAGCAAAAGAAAAAGAAGAAAAAGGGGCAAAAGGCUUGCUCUAUAUUGUGAUGAUAUAGGAAUAUGAGUAGGCUUGACAGAGAAAAGUUGGCUUUUCUAUCAUCACUGUGUUACUCUUCCAGUUCCAUGUCCGCACAAGGAAGCAGGAGAUGUUGUUGUAUAGUCUUGACUGACAUUCUAGGGAGUUUCUCUGAAAGCAUCAGAUCCUUUGUUUGUUUUAUCUCAUAAUCUGUAAUUGUACUGGAUUUCUUGCCAAAACGUGAACAACCAUUUGUUUUUUUCAUGUGUACAAUUGUUUCCACGCAUUAACAUGAUGUUUGGAAGGCCCCUUUAUAUUAUAGAACAGUUCCUUACA